AUGACUUUCUCCUUUUUGCUGCCCGUGGUGUUGUCCCUUUCCCUAGCCUCCAUCCCAGGCUGGAGCUGCCCUCCUAAGUGUGUUUGUGGGCGGGAUAGGCAGGUCAACUGCUCUAGGAGGGAACUACACUCUGUGCCUAGGAUUCUGGGCCUUAGGGUUCAAGUUCUUCUCUUGGGCCACAACCAUAUAGGCUCCUUACCCCCAGGGGCCUUCACCCUUAUACCCUGGCUGUUUUCACUGGAGCUUCAAGACAAUGGACUACAGACAGUCCAUGUGCAAGCCUUCUGGGGCCUGAGGGACCUAAGAAUCCUAGAUCUAAGUGCCAAUGCUCUCCGGGUGCUGGAACCUGGCACUUUCCAGCCACUUCGAGCCCUCAACAUCCUGUCCCUGGCAGGAAACCAGCUGAUGAAAUUGGAGCCCAUGUGGCUGGGUUCUCUGCCACUGCUGCAGAACCUUAGCUUACAGGAUAACCUGCUUCCUAAUGUGGGCUCUGGGGUCCUCGAUGGGCUGCCUUCCCUACGUGAACUGAACCUCCAUGGGAACCCUUGGGUGUGCGACUGCAGUAUUCACUCCCUCUGCCGUUGGUUGCGUAGCCACACACACCAGGCCCCAGGAACAGAGUCCUUGCUGUGUGUGACCCCAGACCGACUGACUCUCAGGCCAAUGGCUGCCCUCACAGAUGCUUCAUUCAAUUAUUGUGCACACUCGAUGACCCCUCAGGACCUGGUGGUCAUCAGUGUACUUGGACCAUUCUCAUUUCUAGCCAGUCUAGUUGGCUGUCUCAUCCUUGGUUCCUUGCUCACUGUUUUCCGGGCUCGACGUAGAAACUGUAGAAACUGCUGUGACUGUGUUGCCCGCUGUCGGGUGAAGAGACCCAUCCCUCAAGCCCUUGACCUGUAUGACCCCUCGGAGAACCCAACCACUAACCUCCCAGCCCCAUCCUGUUCUCUCUGA